AUGAAAAGUGUCGGACCUUUGGCCCACUUUUUGUUACAAAAUGGAAUGGCCAAAAGACCGUGUGUGUUGUACAGAAAUGUAAGUCUUGAAUAAACGUUUUAUAGGCAUUUUGAUCUCUUUUUUGGUAUAUAACAUAAUAUUUCGCACCUUAUAUGACAAAUAAUUUACGGUACGGUGUCCAGCGCCCUCUAAAGCAUGCGUUUACGCUAAAAAUGACAAAUUAUACCAUAACAUAUAGUGUUGCAGAUUUCGAAAAAACCGAUCGACGAGCUUCCAUCGACGUCUACAGAUCUCAAUCACAAGAUGGCUACAUAUCAGGUCAAUCCCGAGAAGUCGAUAAAGGUCGAGGUCGAGAGUGGUCUGCCAAUGUUAGAGGUGCCUUUGCCAUCUCGGCUCGAGAAAUGUCUGUUUAUCCUCAGGCCUAUUAGUGAUACUGUCGGGUCCUUCUGUAAAAAGCUCAAGGAUGAAGACAAAGGGGUCGAGAUCGCUGCUGUCUACAAGAUCGGUAUGUUGCGUUACAUCUACUAUAGAGACUACUACCAUGAGGAAAUAAAAUAUAUUAUACCAUAACACAAAUACCUUAUUUAAUUUAUAGAUGGAACUCGUAUAUCGACGAGCGUGCCAAUCGAGAAUCUGAUGCUUUUCCCCCAUUUCCGAAUUCGAAUAAACGACCAGAUAUUCGACGUAGAAACACCGGCUACGAAUGGAGAUACGGACAUUUUGAAGAGUUCAGACAAAUUAAAAGGACUACAACAACUCAAAGCGACGGUGGCUACACUCUACACCGUGCUGAACGUGGACGGCUACAAGAUGGAGCGAGAACGGAAGUUGAUGGUGGCAUUAGAAGACGUUGAAGUUAAUUUAAAGCCUAUGGAGAAGGUGAGUAUUAUAUUAUUAGGUUUAGUACGAAAUUUUAAAAGCUAAGCGAGAAAAAAGAACGCUAAAACGGUAGCACGCUGGAUAAUAAUACAUAAAUGUAGUAAGAUGGAAUCUCGUCGUUUUCGGAAACAUAAUUAAAUUAUAGGGCGCAGUUUGUGGCCAAAUAUUAGAUUAUUCCGCAGUUUGCAAGAGGACAUUUUAUACGAAAGCUUUUUAGAUACGAAAGCAGAUUGAGAAUGAAUGUGAAUUGUACAGUAAAAAGGUGCUUUGGGGCGGGCUGAUUGCUAUGGGAGUCCAGACUGGAAUCUUUGCUCGACUAACGUGGAUCGACUACAGUUGGGACAUAGUGGAGCCAUGUACAUACUUUGCUACAUUUUCUACAGUAAUCGCUACCUUUGGGUAUUACAUCCACACGAAACAAGUAAGCACACUAUGAUUUAUAUGUUUUACUGAAUGAUGGUUAUUAUUUUUUGAUGUUUGCGAAAGAAAUAAUGGGUUUGGGUAAUAUUGGUCAAUUUUUGAUCUCGUAUUUUACUUUUCUUCAUGUUGCACUAUACCUACAGCAGUGUUUACUAUAAGAAAAUCGAUUGUUUUCGAUAUAUGCAAAAAUUGUUAUGUUGUUAUUGCAUCGGAAACAGGAUACAUGUAUUUGUGUAGCAUUUGUGCCGUCGAGUAACGUAUACUAUAAUAUGUGAUAUGUUUGCAGAGUUUUGAGUAUCCGUCGGCCGAACAACGGGUGUUCACCCAGCAGUUCCACAAGAGGGCCAAGAAACAAAAGUUCGACAUAACCGAGUACAACAACCUGAAGACGUUACAGCACGAGAUUAAGGCGGACCUGAAGAGAUUAAGGGAUCCAUUACAACAACAUCUUCCUGCCCAUCGCUUGGCUUCGCUGGAAUCUGAAGCCGCCAAGUGGAGAUUAGAGACUUAG